GAGCACGAGGCGCUGCAGAGCGGGCUGUGGCGUGCUGAGCCCCUCUAGCCGGACGAAGAGGAGGAGGUCAUCAAGCUUUGGUGUAUGUGUUGGCCAGUUCUGAAAUCUUCUUGAAAGGGCACUGCAUUGAAGAAGAUCAAAGCAGCAGUAUUUGCCAAUUAAGGAAUGGACCGUUUGGGUUCCUUUAGCAGUGAUCCCUCUGAUAAACCACCUUGCCGAGGCUGCUCCUCUUACCUCAUGGAGCCUUAUAUCAAGUGUGCAGAAUGUGGGCCACCUCCUUUUUUGCUCUGCUUACAGUGUUUCACUCGAGGAUUCGAGUACAAGAAGCAUCAAAGCGAUCAUACUUAUGAAAUAAUGACCUCAGAUUUUCCUGUUCUUGACCCCAGCUGGACUGCGCAAGAAGAAAUGGCCCUUUUAGAAGCUGUGAUGGACUGUGGCUUUGGAAAUUGGCAGGAUGUGGCCAAUCAGAUGUGUACCAAGACCAAGGAGGAGUGUGAAAAACACUAUAUGAAGCAUUUCAUCAACAACCCUCUAUUUGCAUCUACCUUGCUGAACCUGAAACAAGCAGAGGAGGCAAAAACUGCUGACACAGCCAUUCCAUUUCACUCUCUGAAGAUGGCUGUAGUGGAUAUCUACCAUUCCAGGUUAAAGGAAAGACAAAGGCGGAAAAAAAUUAUAAGAGAUCAUGGAUUAAUCAACCUUAGGAAGUUUCAGCUAAUGGAACGGCGGUAUCCCAAGGAGGUCCAAGACCUUUAUGAAACAAUGAGGCGAUUUGCAAGGAUUGUGGGGCCAGUGGAGCAUGACAAAUUCAUUGAAAGCCAUGCAUUAGAAUUUGAACUCCGAAGGGAAAUCAAGAGGCUCCAGGAAUACAGGACAGCAGGCAUCACCAAUUUUUGUAGUGCCAGAACCUAUGAUCACCUCAAGAAGACGCGAGAGGAGGAGCGCCUUAAACGCACCAUGCUCUCCGAAGUCCUGCAGUAUAUCCAGGACAGCAGCGCUUGCCAGCAGUGGCUGCGCCGGCAGGCUGACAUUGAUUCCGGCCUGAGUCCUUCUGUUUCGAUGGCUUCGAAUUCAGGUAGACGAAGUGCACCACCCUUGAACCUCACGGGCCUCCCUGGCACAGAGAAACUGAAUGAAAAAGAAAAAGAGCUCUGUCAGAUGGUGAGGUUGGUCCCAGGAGCCUAUUUAGAAUACAAAUCUGCUCUGUUGAAUGAAUGUAACAAGCAAGGAGGCUUGAGACUGGCACAGGCAAGAGCGCUCAUCAAGAUAGACGUGAACAAAACCCGGAAAAUCUAUGAUUUCCUCAUUCGAGAAGGAUACAUCACUAAAGCUUGAGGCUCUAAGGGCUUGGGAUCUGAAAUCACAAGUUUGGAAUGUGGUGGACCAAAGGACAGUAUGAAUAUUCUUGAGCUGAAUUCUCAUUGUAACAAGAGGGGAAAGGACAAAGGAAACCUUAAGUGGUAAUAAUGUCUACUUUAUUCUCCACCCUGCUUUGACACUCUUGUUGUUGGUAUUGUGCUGCAGAGUUAUGUGCUAGAUAAGCUAUUAUUAAAUGUGAGUGGGCAUUCAUUCCUAACACUUCUUGCAACUAAAACAAGCACCAUAGUACCUCACAUCACAGUGUUGGUACAAAUAGAACUAAACCAGUCUUUAGUCUCAGGGGUCCAGACCCUUGUACGUGAGUGGUUGGUUUACUGACUCUCUGUUUUGCCUUCAAACAAUACAGACAGAUUUAAAGUAAAGAGAACGGUUAUAGAGCAUGAGAAAGCUUUUUAAUUCCUUUUGAGGAUUUUUUAAGUUGACAACAUGUUUAUGAGCAAAGGGGAGGAAAAGCUCCUCAUGAUUGCCUUUUCCCAAACUGCAUCUUUAACUUAAAUGUCUGGCUUUGUACUUUGUAGUCUGUCUAAUCUGCAGUAGACUUUUGAGGUGGUGGCAUCGGAUAUAAAAUGUCUCUAUUAUUUUUAGAAUUAAUGGAUUAAAAUGUUUGCUGUUCAAUGUGUGAUGUGUCAGAUAUUCUGGUAACUAAAGCACGCUUAAGGUGUUGGAUGCCCACCUCGUCACACUGCACUGUCUCUCCUAAUGGGUGUCCUUGACUAACCCUGUUCAUACCCUGGGUUUCCCAGGAUGCCAGGCCCUGAGGAUGGAGAUGAUGCAACUAACCUCCGCUGUGCUUGGAUUGAGACCUGAACUCUAAUUUCUUAAUGGGGAAAAGCUAGCCUGCAAUAAAAGCUACUUUUAAAACAAAAGUAAAGCUGUGUCAUAUAUGGGACUCAGUAGAUAACGAGGGUGAGUAACUCCACCACAUCUGAAACUAGGUCCUCGAAACCUUCUGCAGAAUAAGAAGCCAAACUCAGUCA